AUUUGUCCUGAAUCUCGAAAUUUUGAAGAGAACGUUGCCUCGAAGGUAAUAUCAGCUAAAGUAAAAGAGAUCGUCAGUAAGAGUAAAAAAGGAGAAGAAGAAUGUCUGGGUGACAAUAAAAGGUUUGAGGUUGAUUCAAGUAUGUGUCAUCAAUGCCUGAGGAAGACAGGGAAAGAGUGGUUAGGUGCACUAAGUGUAAGACCAAACUGUGUUGCAUUCCCCACGAUAGUGAUGGAACUGAUAAUGAGGAGGAGGUUGGGUUGAAACGGGGAAAGUCUGAGCAAAAGGUGAAAGAACAAGAUGUUGCAGUGCUCGAGGUAUUCGAGCUGGAAGAAGAAGAAGAAGAAGAAAAGGUGGAGGAGGAGGAGGAGGAAGAAGAUGAAAUGGAAGAAGAGGAGGAAGAUGAAAUGGAAGAAGAGGUCGAAGAGGAGGAAGAAGAUGAAAUGGAAGAAGAGGAGGAAAAAGAGGAAAACGAGGAGGAUGAAAAUGAAGAAAUCCAAGAGAAAAACAUAAAAGAGAUAGAAGUAGAAGAGGCAGAAGAAGAAGAAGAAGACGAAAGGACUUCGAGGAAGCAAGGGAGGCAGAAGAAGGGGAGGGGUAAUCAGCCAGUAGAUGAUAUUAAUGUAGAAGAAAAUUCGGAGGAAAAUGAUGAUAAUAUUGAUAAUAACAGUAAUCAUGAAGGAGAACUUUGUAAGAGAAAGAACGGGAGGUUAUGGAGGUGUAGAAUGCCCAAGGUUGAAGGUCACAAAUUAUGUGAGGAUCAUAUUUAUAAGGAUUUUUUAAUAAGAAGAAGAUUGUGGAAGAAGAAUGUGGAAGAAGAAUCUGGAAGGGAAAUAAGAAGGGAAGAGGUAGAAGAAGUUUAUGAGGAGGAGGAAGAAUGUGGAAGGGAAAAGGUAGAAGAAGUUUCUGAGGAGGAGGAAGAAUGUGGAAGGGAAGAGGUAGAAGAAGUUUCUGAGGAGGAGGAGGAGGAGGAGGAGGAGGAGGGGGAUGAGGAGGAGGAGGAGGAAGAAUGUGGAAGGCAAGAAGUAGAAGAAGUUUCUGAAGAAGAAGAAGAGGGAGAAGAUGUUUCUGAGGAGGAGGAAGAAGUGGCUGAGAGUGAAAGUAAGACAAGUGGUGGAAAGAAUAAAAGGGCAGAGAACACCUGUGAAAAUGGCACUGAGAAGAAAGAGGUGGAUAAAGACACAACUAAGGCUUGCAGGAAUGACAAAACUCGUAUUUCAAUUCAGGAGAAAAAACCAAAGCCACGUAUAUUUGACGAGAAUGGGAUCAAGAUCGAUUCUGAUAUGUGUCAUCAGUGCCAGAGGAAUGACAAGGGAAGAGUUGUAAGGUGCACUAAGUGCAAGACCAAGCGAUAUUGCGUUCCAUGCAUAGGAAGCUGGUAUCCGCGAAUGACAGAGGUGCAGAUUGCUCAGGCUUGCCCAGUCUGCCUACAGAAUUGCAAUUGCAGGUCAUGCUUACGGAUGGAGGGGUCUAUAAAGAAACAGAUGAAGGUUUAUUUUGAAGUUAGCAAAGAAGAAGAAAUCCUGCAUUCCAAGAAACUGUUGAUGACUAUACUCCCAUUUCUAAAGCAAUUGAAUCAGGAACAGAUGACAGAAAAGGAAAUAGAGGCCAAAAUACAGGGUAUACCAGCAUCUGAAGUGAAACUUCAAACGGUAUCUUACAAAAAUAAUGACCGUUUAUACUGCGGCAACUGCAAAGCUUCAAUAGUUGAUUUUUAUAGAAGCUGCCCAAAGUGUGCAUAUGAUUUGUGUUUGACUUGCUGUCGGGAGGUUCGUGCUGGAAAUCUGCAAUACUGUGAAGAGUUGGUAAUGGAAUAUGUUACGCAUGGUGAAGAUUCUUCUGAUGAAACCAGGAGAAAAAGUAAAAGAAGAAAAACUGUUGUCCAGUCAGAGAAAACUAGGGCGAAACCAGACUGGAAAGUAAAUGAUAAUGGUAGUUUUAGUUGUCCCCCAUCAGAAUGUGAGGGUUGUGGUGGUGCACUUCUUAAAUUAAAAUCUGUCGUGUCAGAUGGAUUGGUUUCAGAAUUGCUGAAGAGAGCAGAGCUGGUAGUGACAAAUUGGGAAAAUGAAAAUUUACCCCAUGCUUCUACUGAAUGCUCCUGUUCUGGUUCUGCUUAUGGCGGUGAUUUUGGAAGUAGUUUGCGCAAGUGCGCUUCUAGAGAAGGCAGGAAUGACAACUGUCUCUAUUGUCCAGAUGCCAGAGAUACCCAACACGUAGAUCUGAAACACUUUCAGUGGCAUUGGGCCCUAGGAGAACCAAUAAUCGUCAGGAGUGUUCUUGAGACUGCCCCUGGAUUAAGUUGGGAACCAAUGGUAAUGUGGCGUGCUGUCCGUCAAAUUAGGAACAACAAGCAUCCCACGCUAUUGAAUUUGAAAGCUAUUAAUUGCUUGGAUUGGUCUGAGGUUGAUGUCAAUAUUCGUCAAUUUUUCAAAAAUUAUUCAGAGGGUCAAGUUGACCAUGCUGGUUGGCCUGUCAUGUUGAAAUUGAAGGAAUGGCCGCCUGAUGGCGAAUUCAAGGAGCAUUUGUCACGCCAUAAUGUUGAAAUUGUUAGAGCAUUACCAUUCAAGGAGUACACACAUCCCAUGGACGGAGUUCUGAACCUAGCUUCCAAGUUGCGUUCAAGAGCAUGCGUGCAUCCAAAAACUUAUAUUGCUUAUGGACUUUCCCAAGAGUUGGGUCGUGGAGACUCUGUUACCAAGCUGCAUUAUAAUAUGUCUGAUGCGGUCAAUAUUUUGACACAUUCUGCCAAAGUUACCUCGCCUGCCAGAAGCCUCAAUGCUGUUUCUAAAUUGAAGAAGAUGCACUUUUCUCAGGAUCAGGGGGAGAUCUUUCAAACUGAGUUACCCAAAGACUCUAAUAGAACAGGAAGUGUGGAAUCAACUGAGUGUCCUGCUACCAAUUUGUGUUCUGGAAGCGUAAGUGAAAUCUUUAAGAAAUGCCAUAAUAUGGGUGAAGGUCAAACAGAGGGCAUAAGAGAUUUGGAAGCUGAACAUGAUUGUAGCGCCAGUAAAACCCCAGCUUCUGCAUUUGGGAGUAUGGAAAAUUCUGAGCUUGAUAGUGGAGGUGCUCUUUGGGACAUCUUUCGCAGAGAAGAUGUCUCCAAGCUACAAGAAUACCUGAUGGCGCAUCACCACCGUGAAUUUGGGCACGUUCAUUCUUCCCCACUGAGCCAGGUCCUUCACCCUAUUCAUGACCAGACAAUGUACUUGACCAAGGAGCAUAAAACGAAGCUGAAGGAAGAAUAUGGAAUCGAACCUUGGACAUUCGUUCAAAAUCUUGGAGAAGCAGUCUUCAUUCCGGCUGGCUGUCCUCAUCAGAUUAGAAACUUGAAGUCAUGCAUAAAUGUCGAGCUUGACUUUGUGUCUCCUGAGAAUGUCCAAGAGUGUCUUCGUCUGGCUGAAGAAACCCGCACUCUGCCUCGAAAUCACAGAGCUAAGGAGGGUCAGUUGGAGGUGAAGAAAAUUAUUAUUCAUGCGGUAAAGCAGGCUGUUGCAUGCUUGGACGGGUCUUCUUACAGACACAGUGACCUAUCAAGAAAAGAAAAAGGUUUUUGGAAAAAGAAAAAGGGUUUUGGAAAAAGAAAAAGAGAUAGCUGCGAAUUACUAAAGGAAGACAUUACACCAGUAGCCUAACGCUAUUAUGCCAAUGCUGUGAAUGACUGUAUCUUGAUCCUUCUGUCCUUCAGAUCAGAAGAUGUGAAAUAUAACCGGAAAAGUUGUUGGGAGAUAGACUGCAGUUAAGGUGUUACAUCCUCUAUAAUCUUUUGGUGGCAUAAGCUUGUUUAUGUUUGAAUUUUAUAUUUCAUGUCUUGGGAGCGUACUUUAAACAACGAAGUUUUUGUUUUUUUUUUUUUGGUAGAAUUAGAUUUGCAUACUUGGUAAUUCUUCCAUUAUUUUAUCUUACUAGUAUUUGUUGUA